GGCCCGUGCCACACGGGUCAGAAGAUAGAUAAGCUUCUCUCCCCACUUCUCCUCCCGGGCCACAACCGCUCGCCGCGUGCUCCCGUCGUGACUGAACCGCAUCCUCCCCCGCGCCGACCUGCUCCGGCGAGCUAGGCAUGGCCGUCCUCCUCCGCGGCACCUCCGCCGCCACCUCGACCGUUGGUCCCUCCUCGGCGCUGCUCGCCACCACCUUCCGCCGCUCCCGCGGCCGCCUUCUGCCCCGUGCCGCCCCGCAGCGCCGCUUGUAUGUGGCCCGCGCCUCGGCCCAGCCGCUCGAGGUCUGCGCCAAGGAGUCCAUCACCGUCCCUGGCCGCCUCGGAGACUGUCCUUUCACACAGAGGGUUUUGUUGACUAUAGAGGAGAAGCAUCUGCCUUAUGAACUGAAGCUAGUUGAUCUAGCUAAUAAGCCAGAUUGGUUAUUUGAAAUCAACCCAGAAGGUAAAGUGCCUAUCGUGAAGCUUGAGGAAAAAUGGAUUGGUGAUUCUGAUGUUAUAACACAGACAUUAGAGGAGAAGUAUCCUGAACCACCCUUGGCAACUCCACCAGAAAAGGCUUCAGUUGGGUCAAAAAUAUUUUCCACUUUCAUUGGUUUCCUCAAAAGCAAAGAUCCAAGCGAUGGAACAGAAGAGGCACUACUUAAUGAGCUUACUUCAUUUGAUAGUCAUCUAAAAGACAAUGGUCCGUUUAUUAAUGGCGGAACAAUUUCUGCUGCUGAUCUCUCUCUGGGCCCUAAACUAUAUCACAUGGAGAUAGCUCUGGGCCACUAUAAGAAUUGGUCUGUUCCAGAUUCACUUUCUCAUGUAAAAACAUACAUGAAGUCGAUUUUCUCAACGGAUUCUUUUGUCAAAACUCAAGCUCUGCCAGAGGAUGUAAUUGCUGGAUGGCGCCCAAAAGUCAUGGGUUAAAUUCAUUUCUAAAGUAAGAUGUUAAGGAGAGGGAGAGGUGACGGUCGGCGAACGGAGGAUCUAGAUGAAAGGUUUGUCGCAUGUCUUUAAUAUGUACAUGAAAGGUGGUGGAUUUUGAUAGGAAUUUUGUAGGGCAUAGCAUAUCAGGUAUUCCUAUCCAAUUUUUUUUUGCUUUGUGUGUCAAAUGGAAAACAUCAAUAAAAUUGUAAAAAAAAGCAUAUUUUUUUUAAUGUAAAUGAGCAUUCUCGUUGAAUUUGAACCUCA